AUGAGUAAAAGAAAGUCUAAGCGUGCUUCAACCUUUGACACCAGUCCGGCUAUUCCUGCUCCCAAACCACCUCCAACACUUCCACCUCCGCCACGACCGUCUGCAUUACGCCGCUCAGCAUCAAUGGAACUCGUCAGUGACUCUAAUGCUAGCUCGCGCAGGAUUCCUCCCAUGCCAAAGAUAUCCACAACUGUGCCUAAUAUUAAAAUAAGUUUGGACGCAGAAGAUCAGCCAGCUCCACCACAAGCUGCUCGACCUGUCUCGCCCACUAAACCCUCAUAUGCGACAAAAGUCAUUCAAGACCUGCUUAUAUCGUCGGCGUUGAACUUGACCAACACGUCAAAGUUGCAAUCGAAUCCAGCACAUCCUCCCUUGCAUCUACAGACGACUACCGUGAAUUUUAGAAAAUUUGUGCAAAAGUGCGGGUUCAUAUUUGAAUUCCAAGACGCCGUUGAAAAUAUAUUUAUUUGGAAAAAUCCUGCCAACACAGUAUUGGCCAUGGUCGUUUAUGUAUAUUUAUGUCUUUAUCCGCGAUUGCUGAUUCUCUCGCCAUUAAUAAUUUUACUGGCUGUGUUAAUAUCAUACUAUCAAAAAAGAUAUCCCAAUUUAACUUCUUCUGCUACAUUACCCUUAAAAGGGAAAAAGAUAAAAAAGAGAUCUAAACGUUCUGCUCCUGCACUUCCAGAAGAAAAUUCCGUUGACUAUUUGAAGAAUAUGCAAAAUAUUCAAAACAUGAUGGGUAUGAUUUCAGACGGAUACGAUGCCUUUAUACCGCUGUUGAAGUAUGUCGAUUGGAGUGAUGAGCAGAUGAGUCUUCGUAUUAUGCAAUUCACCGUAGUGAGCUUGGGUUUCGCUAGUUUGGUUAUUUGGAUCGUGCCAUGGAGAUACGUGUUUGUCGUGGUUGGGGUGGGUGCGCUUAUUGCCAACACCAGGCUAUGCAAGGCAUUGGCAAAGGAGAUGAGUCCUCACCUGUUACAGAAAAUUGAUGAAAUUGGUAAGCAAUGGAGUGAAUUUCUUGCCACGGAAGAUGAUGCGGAUAGCGUUACGGAUGAGAUUACUGUAUCAGUGUAUGAGAAUCAGCGUUGGUGGGCUAAUAAAGGUUUCAUUCCACAACUGCUCGGGUCUGAAAGAGCCCCAUGGUCCAAUGCCUCUGGAUCAGUUGCUCUCCCUCCCAAGAAUCCAACGGCACCAGAAGGAUAUGAAUGGAUCCAGGACGACUGGGUUAUUGAUUUGUCCAAGGUGUGGGAGGAUAACAAAUAUGGAGAGAUUUACGUUGAACCAGAUGAGGAAGGUUGGGUGUACACCGAUCAACAAUGGGAAAAUCCCGCAUCUCGCAAUGCUCCUGGUGAGCAGAGUAUGACUAGGAGGAGAAAGUGGAUCAGAAAAGCGAGAAAGAUGGAUGUCGGAGAGCAAUAUGCAGGAAGUAAUAAUGUGAACGAGUCAACUCUGCGAAGGAGAAAUACAGAGAACAAUGAUUAA